AUGACGGAGUGGACCCUGCUUAAACGUCUCCUGGAUGCUGUCCACCAGCACUCCACCAUGAUCGGUCGCCUGUGGCUCACCGUCAUGGUUAUCUUCCGGCUGCUUAUUGUCGCUGUUGCAACCGAGGAUGUGUACACCGACGAGCAGGAGAUGUUUGUGUGCAACACAGUGCAGCCAGGAUGUCCCACCGUCUGCUACGAUGCGUUUGCGCCCAUCUCGCAACCUCGCUUCUGGGUUUUCCACAUCAUCAGCGUCUCCACGCCGUCGCUCUGCUUCAUCAUCUACACGUGGCAUAACCUGUCCAAGGUGCCCCACAACAACAUCCAGAGGCAGGGGCAAGGACCAGUGGACAUGCCAGGGCAGGAAGGCCCAGAUGUAGGGCGAGGCGGUGGACAGGAGGUGUAUGAUCCAAACUGUGACUCGGACAGCUGCUCCAUCCACUCUCAUAAGCAUCUCGGUCACAGCCUGGCAGAUGUGCUGGAGGGCAUCCCUGCCCACAGCCUCCAGAGGGGAAACCCUAACAACAUGGUACCCUUGAGUCACACCCGAGUUUGCACCCUCCGGGGUGGGAGUGCAGAGGGUCAUGUGGUCUCUGGAGGUGUUCUGUCUAAAUGUUAUGUCUUUCAUGUGUGUUUGCGGGCUGUUCUGGAGGUGGGCUUUGUUCUGGCUCAGUGGAAGCUGUUUGGCUUCCAGGUGCCAGUCCAUUUCCUUUGUACCUCGCCUCCCUGUAGCCAGCCGGUGGACUGCUACGUCUCCAGACCCACAGAGAAGACCAUCUUCCUACUCUUCAUGUUUUGCGUUGGUGUAUUCUGUAUCUUGCUCAAUCUGCUGGAGCUCAACCACCUGGGCUGGAAGAAGAUCCGACAGGUGGUGAGGCUGAGGGAGAGGGCGUCCUGGGGAGGCUGUCCAGGUAUGAGGGGAGGAUAUGAAACAUUUCCUCCAGACAGUCCUUCCCUCACAUCCUCUUUAGGCUUCAGGGACAUGACCAGCACCACCUCUCUGCCCACUUUGGACCUGGUGGUGGGUCACCAGCCUGACUGGACCUGUGCUAUAAACUGUGGCAGGAUGAGGGCUCCUGAGGAGGUCAGAGAAACAAGAGCAGAGCAACCAAAGAGACAGGACAGCCAUAAAGGAGUGAGGCAGCCUUUGAAGAGUAAGAGGGAGAUCAGAGGCUCAAAACAGAGGAGUGCUGAGGUCUGGAUCUAG